AUGGCGGUGGCAAAUUCAAGCCCUGUCAACCCGGUCGUGUUCUUUGAUGUCAGCAUUGGCGGCCAGGAAGUUGGCCGCAUGAAGAUCGAGCUUUUUGCAGAUGUUGUGCCUAAAACGGCCGAGAACUUUAGGCAGUUCUGCACAGGAGAAUUCAGAAAAGAUGGAGUUCCAAUAGGAUACAAAGGGAGCACUUUCCACAGGGUCAUAAAGGAUUUCAUGAUCCAGGGUGGAGAUUUUGUUAAUGGAGAUGGUACUGGAGUUGCCAGCAUUUACCGAGGGCCAUUUGCAGAUGAAAAUUUUAAACUUAGACACUCAGCUCCAGGCCUGCUUUCCAUGGCAAACAGUGGUCCCAGUACAAAUGGCUGCCAGUUCUUCAUCACCUGUUCUAAGUGUGAUUGGCUAGACGGGAAGCAUGUGGUAUUUGGAAAAAUUAUUGAUGGACUUCUAGUGAUGAGAAAAAUUGAGAAUGUUCCUACAGGCCCCAACAAUAAACCCAAAUUGCCUGUGGUGAUAUCACAGUGUGGAGAGAUGUAG